CUUAACGAUAACGAGUUUAUUUGAUAAAUAGAACUAUAGAAGUAAAUAGGCGAAGGAAAUGACAGGGAUAAACUUAACAAAAAUAAGUCUCUGAAUGAGUUCACGGAUAAUAUUUAAAUCAUUCCCAUGAUUAUAUCGUGUUGUUAAAUAAUACAUAUGGACUUUUUUUCAAGAUGUUAUGUUACGUGAAAGUUUUUUUUGUUAAUAAUUUUGAAUCAGCUGUCUAAUAUAAUUGACUAUAAUUUCAUUUAUGGAACAAAAACAUCUGCCAGAGUUUUGUAUAAUGUCAUCAUUGUGAAUUUAUAAUCCGAAUAAAAAGUAGAAAACAAAGGUGUGUAAUCAAGAAAAUAAAAUGGUUAAUAUUGAUACGAUAAAAGAUAUAUAUCCUGUUCAUUGGUUAGUCUGGAACAAUGAUCACAUUGAACUUGAUAAGAUCCUGUCGACCAAUGAGUAUGACAUAGAAAAACAUGACUGUAGGGGAAGAAGUCCCCUAAUGCUAGCUGUAACCUUAGGUCAUACCAAAUCAGUUGAAGUCCUUCUUAAUCAUGAGGCAAAUGUUUAUACAGAAAAUACCCAAGGAUGGAGUGUUCUUCAGGAAGCCACUGGAACUGGUAAUCCAGAAAUAUUGCAAAUUGUUCUUGCUCGAAGAGACUAUCAAAGACAUUGCAAUCGAGUUGAUGGCAUACCAGAGUUACUUGAUAGACUUAAACAAGCACCUGAUUUUUAUGUAGAAAUGAAAUGGGAAUUUACAAGUUGGGUUCCUCUUGCGUCGAGAAUGUGUCCAAGUGAUACCUACAAAGUAUAUAAACAAGGUAGCAAUGUUCGUAUUGAUACAACUCUGCUUGGAUUUGAUCAUACUAAUUGGCAACGUGGAAAUCUUAGUUACGUUUUCAAAGGCCAAAAUGUACCAAGUCCACCGGUGGUUAUCAGGUGCGAACGGAGUUAUGUGUUCAGUUUGGUGGGUGAACAACCAGGCGAUGGUGCAGUAAUGAUGGAAGUAGACCAUGAGACUAAAAAAGUUUAUGUGGAACACAUAAAACUCAUUGAUGAUGAAAACAUUCAGUUAAUGGCUCCAUCUGAUGAAGGCAUUCUAGCAAGAUUAACAAAUCCAAUUGUAACAACUUAUGUUGACACAGAUAAAAUUAGUUUUGAGCGUAAUAAAGCUGGCUUGUGGGGAUGGCGAUCAGAUAAGAGCGAAGCAGUCAAUGGAAAUGAGUGUAAAGUAUUUAGUGCAAGCAAUGUUGAAUUGAUAACAAAAACUCGUCUUGAACAUUUAUCAGAAAGUGAUAAAUUACGUGCUAAAGUACCAAGAACACCAUUACAAUCAUUUUUGGGUAUUGCUGAACAACAAGAAGAAGAAAGUUGUGGUGCAACAUGUAUUGACGAAUUUAACAAUAUUGGUAAUCCAUCAAAUAUCACACCGGAGGAAUAUUUUGAUUCAAAAAUUGAUUUAGAAGGUAGAGAUAUUGGUCGGCCAAAAGAAAUUAAUACGAAAAUUCAAAAAUUUCGUGCAACACUUUGGUUAUCGGAAGAUUAUCCGUUAAGUCUUCAAGAACAAAUAAUGCCAAUUGUUGAUCUUAUGGCAAUAACUAGUACGCAUUUUGCUAAACUCAAAGAUUUUAUACAAAUGCAACUCCCAUCAGGUUUUCCAGUUAAAAUUGAAAUUCCAUUAUUUCAUGUACUCAAUGCAAGAAUAACAUUCGGUAAUAUAUUUGCUAUGGAUCAAGAAGUUGCACAUGUCAAAAAAAUACAAGAUGGAUCAAAAUUUAAUUGUAUUGUUGAUGAUAUUUGUUUUGAGGCACCUCCAGGAUAUAUGAAACUUGGUGCAUUAGAUAGAACACAAUUUAGCAUGGAAGAAGAAGAUGAUUUAUUACAGUUUGCUAUACAGCAAAGUUUACUAGAGGCAGGAAGUGAAAAAGACGAGGUUGACAUUUGGGAGGCUUUGAAAGCUCAAAAACCAUCGAGACCAAGUACUCCCAAUCUGAUGACCGAUGAGGAACGACAAAUGCAAAGAGCAAUUCAGGCGAGCUUGGGUUAUUGUCAAGGGACACUGGAGUACUUGGACGACGGAGGGGCACACAGUAGACAAAGUGACAAUAAUUUACAAAAUAAUGGUAAUAAUACCAUUCAAGACACAGCUGAACAACUUAAAAUUGCAUUAAGACUUUCUGAGCAACAAAAAAUAGAGGAUGAACAGCGAAGGUUACUCGAGGAGGAAACAUUCCGUCAAGUUUUAGAACUUUCACUUACUGACAAGUGAAAUUAAAACAAUAAUAAUAAAUAAUAAUAUUAAUAGUAAAUUUUAAAUAAUCAAUUAAUUAAUUUGAAGAAAAAAAAAACAGAGUAUUAAAACAAUUCAAGACCUUCCUACUGAAGAAUCAAAGACAAUGAUACAUAAAAUAGUAAUUCAGCACUCUUAAAGUGACGAAGAACCAAAGUAGCCAAUUGUCGACUGUUUUAUACUGAAAAUAUAUGAAUAUUAGCAUAAAUAUCAGCAGGAUUAAAAAUGUCGAAACAAGAAUAAGUUUUUAUAAAACGAUUUCAUUUAUAAUCUUGUUAAACUUGCAUAUUGAUAAACAGCAUAUAUAUAUAUAUACUAAUUUUAAGUGUUUUACAAAAAAAAAUUAUAGUAUAUUUAAGUUUUAUUCGAUACAAGAUAAAUCAGUCUUCUCGUAAAUAACUGCAACUGGAUUGAACGUUAUUUAUUAUUAGAUUUAUAUGAAAUUUUAUGCACCACACGGAUAUUAAAAUCAACAAAUCCUGAAGUCCAAUUCCGUGCUAAUGUGAUGGAAAAAAACACUAAUGAGUUCUUUUUUUUUUCUGAUUUUAAUAUAUCUGUUGAAAGUUCACUAAAUAAAUUGUUAAAUAAACUUGUGAAUGCCUUACUUAUGAGUGAAAUAACAAGAGGUAUUUAAAAAAAAUUA